GCAUCGGGCACUUUCAGCACAGCCAUGCCCAUGUCCUUAACCAGGUGACCACAUCGACGUUCUGGUAACCUGCCACCUCAGGUUCUCGUCGACCGAGGCGCCCAACAUGGCGGCCGCCGACUCUCUCGUCGCCAUUGCCCGCAUGCGGCCACAUCCCAGAGCUCGUGCCCUCGCAGAAGCUCUCACGGCCGUCCAACGACCACAAGCACGCCACAUCUCCAGGUCGUAUCUCGCCAAGGUCGCUGUGGCCGAGCAGGAGUUCCAGGCCGAGGCCAAGCUCAUCCGCGCCGGUUCGAAACAGCACAUCUGGGACAUCCUCAAGCAGCGGGGGCUGGUCAAGGACCAAACCGGCGAUGACAACAAGUUCCGCGAGAUCAUGCUGCAGAAGCGCAUCGGCGCAUACGUCGGCGUCGAUCCAACAGCACCGUCUCUGCACGUCGGCCACCUCCUCCCGCUCAUGGCACUGUACUGGUUGUACAUCCACGGCUACGCAGCCACGACACUGGUGGGCGGUGCCACAGCCAAGGUGGGCGACCCCACGGGCCGGCUCAGCGGCCGGGAAGCCAUGAGCAGGGCCGACAUGUCGACCAACAUCACAAAAGUCCACUACCAGCUCAAGUCGCUCUGGACGAACCUCGAUUCACACGUCAGUUCGAUGGGCUACGAGAAGAAAUGGGGCUGGAGCCGCGCGCUCUGGAACAACUCGCAAUGGCACUCUAGCGUCUCGUUCAGCGAGGUGGUACACAAGCUCUUCAGCGGCGUGCGGUUAGGCCCCAUGCUGUCUCGCGACACCAUCAAGCGCAGGUUGGAGGCGGGUGACGGGGUAUCUCUGAGCGAGUUCGUCUACCCCAUGAUGCAGGCCUGGGACUGGUGGCACAUGUACUCGAAUCCCAAGCAGGUCCAGAUGCAGAUCGGCGGCUCGGACCAGUAUGGAAACAUCAUUUCCGGCAUCGAGGCCAUCUCCCACAUUCGCACCAUCGAGCCACAUAAGACGGACCUUCCAGACACCCUGCUCAACACACCACUCGGCUUCACCGUCCCGCUGCUCACGGACUCUUCGGGUGCAAAGUUUGGCAAGAGUUCUGGAAACGCCGUGUGGCUGGAUCCGUUCAUGACCAGCCCCUUCGACCUGUACGGCUACUUUAUGCGGAGGCCGGACGCCGACGUGGAGAACCUUCUCAAGGUCCUGACGUUCCUGCCUCUGAGCACAAUCGAUGAGAUCAUGACUGUUCAGAACCAGGAUCCUUCCAAACGACAUGCUCACCAUGCUCUUGCGCGCGAGGUCCUCUGUCUCGUACAUGGCCAGGCCGAGGCGGAUCGGGUGCAGCAGCAGCACCGGGCAGUGUUUGCCCAGCCCAAGGGCGUCUUCACCGUCCCAGAGCAGACGUCGUUCCCAACAGGCGGCCCCGCCCACCAGGACGCAGCGCGUCGUUUCCGCACGGACAUCCAGCUCCCGCGGUCUCUGAUCAUGGGCACCUCGAUCGCCCGGAUCCUCUUCGCGGCGGGGCUCUGCGACAGCAUCUCCGAGGGCCACCGCCUAUGCACGGCGCAGGGCGCCUACGUCGCCGGGCAGCCGGGUCAGCUGCCGUCGGACAAGAGCUCCAUGCAGCACGAGCACCUCACCUUCACCCCGGUCAAGGUCUGGUCGUCGGCCGACACGGCGCGGUACCUCAUCGACGACAAGAUCCUCAUCCUCCGCCGCGGCAAGCACUUUGUCCGCGUGGUCGAGAUGAUCAGCGACGAGGAGUGGGCCCAGUCGGGCAGGCGGUACCCCGGUGAGCCGGGCAGCGGCAUCGUCAAGCGGGUCCGCCGGACCCUCGCGGAGAUGGGCAAGGACGGCAAGGUCAAGUUCAGCAACGACGAGGUCGCCGAGGCCGCUAGCAAGCUCGGCCAGGUCGAGCAGGACAACAGGCUCGCCGAGGCUGCAGAACAAGAACAAGAACAAGACCUUGUCGACGACAAGUCAGCGGGAGUGGAGGAGCAGACGAAGUGAGGUUGACGAGCAUGAUACCCUCGAGUCCCUGAGGCGGCAGCAGAAGAAGGAGCAGAUCGUGGAGGAACUGCUCCGGGAAGAGCGCAAGGAGCAAUCGUCCAAGUCUUGAGAGUGGACACGCUUGAGGAGGCACGAACUCGUCGACCUGUCUCGGUCCGAGGCAAUCACCCCCCGACCUGGUGGGACAUGACGCCCAGCGCUCCCUGACUUUAUCCGGGCCUCAGUUGAUCACGUGGCCACUGUAUUAUCACCCCUCGAGACCCUCAUGGGCACCAUGGCUUGGUUCGUACAAACUGGUGCUGGCACAGGAGCCCGUCUUGCAAAAGCCAUAGCCGCGAGCUGAUUAUCUCCGUGGAGUCAACCACGGAUAGUUGUACAGUACAGAUGUAACUAUAUAGAUGUACAUAUCAUAUACCAAGCGAAUGAACAAGCUUCCAGAUUUUGCAAAAUGAAUAUGCUGACGGGCAGUCA